UUUUAAGUAAAGACGAAGAAAGAAGAUUAAGCACCAGGAAACAGAUGCCACUGAACCUCUUACUCCCCCCCCACCCCCCACACCAAUUGCUGAUUCUGGGCUUCUUAGUGAACAGCUGAAAAUCUCUUGCAAAUUCCCCAGCUUCUCCAAAAGAUUCGAGAUUCGCAAGGCCUUGUGGGUCAGGCAGCAUUGAAGUAGCAAAAUUCAUACAUCAACCCCAUUUGCAACUUGUUCCCGGGAAGGCUGUUAAAUCAUGCAGACCCCAAAAGCAAGAAGUAGCUCCUCAGAGGUACCUCAAAAGGUUUCUCCUCGAGCUGUGCGCCAACUCAAGCCGGCUGCAUUAGAGACUGACAGUGCAUCUGCCUCAACUCAAACUAGUAAAGCAUCCAAAGAUAGAAGCCCAAAAGUUAUUGAACGCAGGUCACCAAGAAGCCCGAUGUCUGAGAAGAAGCGCCCAAGCAGAAUAUCAGAAUUGGAAUCCCAGGUCUCUCAACUUCGGGAGGAACUGAAGAAGGCAAAAGACCAGCUGAGUUUGUCGGAAUCAUGGAAGCAGCAAGCACAGCAAGAUUCUGAGGAGUCCAAGAAGCAACUAUCAGCCUUGUCCUUAAAGCUUGAAGAGUCCGAGAAGCAGCUUCUGGAGCUGUCCAAUUAUGGGGAAGCUGGUGUGUUUAACCUCCAAGAGAUCUCACAAGAAAAUGAUCAAGCAAGGCAAUUUGAGCUUGAGGCUAUCCAGAAGCAGAAUUCAGUUGAUUCAGCUGCCUUGGCUUCUGCCAUGAAUGAGAUUCAGCAGCUUAAGUUCCAGCUUGAAAUGGUAGCUAAAUCUGAGGCCACACAAACCAAGCAGGUAGAAUUAGCAAAUGCAGAGAUGCAGAGCUUGAAAGGAAACCUUGCAGAAACUCUGUGUCUUAUGGAGAACAUGAAAAUCCAGCUACAGGAUUGCAAAGAAUCAGAAGCUCAUGCCCAAGCAAUGGUUGCUGAAACUCUGCUGCAACUGGAAACUGCUAGAAAAACUGUUGAGAUGCUCAGGUCGGAUAGCAUGAAAGCCAUUGAAGCUUACCACUCCAUUGGCUCUGAGCUAGAUCAGUCAAGGGCACGUGUGAACUUACUAGAGGGACUAGUCAGAAAACUUGAGGCAGACCUAAAAAAUGCCAGUGUUGAGCUUUAUCAAAAUCCUUCAGGUGAAGAUGACCUUCAGCUGGAACUCAAAAGAAACCACGAGAUUGGGGAAUCAAUAGACAGUAAAGCAGGACUUCAUUCUUUGAAGUCUGAGCUUGCACGGUUAAGAUCUGCUCUAGAAAGUGCUGAGACCAAAUACCAUGAAGAACAAAUUCGAAGCACAGUGCAGAUACGAAGUGCUUACGAACUCAUGGAGCAGAUAAAAUCUGGAUCAAGUCUGAGAGAGGCUGAACUAGAGGCAGAGCUAAAAAACACAAAAGCAGAUGUUGAAGAGUUGAAAGCAAAUCUGAUGGAUAAGGAAACUGAAUUACAGGGUAUUUUGGAGGAGAAUGAGGGGUUAAAUUCAAAACUCGGAAAGAUCCACUCAUACCAGAAAGAAUAUGAACUGGAAAAGGAGCUGAAGAAAUUAAAUGAACAUGUUGCAGACUUGAGGGCCAAUUUGAUGGAUAAGGAAACAGAAUUACAGGGUAUAACGGAGGAAAAUGGAAUUCUGAAAUUGGAAGUUAAGAAAAGGGAAAUGAACGGGGCUAAAGUGAAUGAUGAGGUGGCUGCAGAAGUAGAGGCAGCGAAGACUGCACAGCGAGAGGCUCUUGUGAAGCUUGGGAUUGUGAUGGAGGAAGCAGAUAAGAGCAACAGGAGGGCAGUGAGGGUGGCUGAGCAGCUUGAGGCCGCACAAUCAGCAAAUUCAGAAAUGGAAGCGGAGCUGAGAAAGCUAAAGGUGCAGUCUGACCAGUGGAGGAAGGCUGCGGAAGCAGCUGCAGCCAUGCUUUCGGCUGGGAAUAAUGGCAAGUUCAUGGAGAGAACAGGGUCCUUGGACAGCAACUAUAAUCCAGUCGCAGGGAAGAUUAGCUCGCCUUACUCGGAAGACACCGAGGAUGAUUUGCUGAAGAAGAAAAAUGGUAACAUGCUGAAGAAGAUUGGAGUGCUGUGGAAGAAGCCACAGAAAUAGGAAGACAAUGACACAGGUUAUUUUGGUUGGUCGGUACAACCAAAUUGUCUUAUUCUGAAGUAAAUCCUUGCGCUCGCUCUCCCGAAGAUUGUAGGUGUAAUGGCAGUGAUUUUCUCAGCCUUUUGAAGUCAUGUUAUGUUAACCCAGAACGUACAUACUGUAGUAGCAAAUAUCUUGCUUUAUGCAAAAAAAUGAGUUGCCACGUUUUUAAAUUCUGAAGGAGAUUCGUAUCAAGCUCCAGGACAAUGAUGGAAUUAAUGAUUAGACAUGGUUUUCACACGA